AUGAACAAAGCUUUAACAGCUGUACUUAUGCUAUGCAUUAUUAGCAGUAGCAUGGCUAAAUUUGAUCCUGAUUUGUGUUUCUCAAAUGCUGUUACUAUAACACACUAAUUUAAAUUAUUCCUUGUAUCCACCAAAACCUAACCCCUUGAAGUUUCAAACAUUCUUGCAAAUGCUUAUGACACUUUUGAGUUGGUUGAUCCUUUAAUCAAUAGCUGCGGUUUAGAUUUACCUUUACUCGACAUAAUUGAUUAAUAUAAGCCUGCUAAUACCACAUCAUGCUUUGCCAAUAUUGAAAAAAUUGUUAAUAUCGCUAUCGAUGUUGCUAAUACAGAAGCUAACUUAUUGGUUGAUAAAAUGAUUAUUAACUUACCUAGAAUUAUUGAAGCUUUCAAGAUCUAUAAAGAAACCAAUGCUGACUGCAAAUUGAUUGAAAAAAAUUCUUCUGAUGCUACUUUACUCUCUUCUUCUGAUUUGGGAAUUAAUAUUUUCAGUUGUAUUCAUGACAGCGAGGCAUUAUUUAGCGAUGCUAAAUAAUUCUUAAAUGACUACAAAAGCCAUAACUACAAUAUUCCUUAACUUUUUAAUGAAGCUGUAUAAAUUUACAAAGACCUUUAUGCUCUUAACUAGGAAUGCGGAAUUGAAAAGCUCGAUCUUCCUGAAAUCAAAAAUAUCGAUUAAAUAGCAACUUGUGUAAAGGAUAUCAGUGAAACUGCUACUGCUAUUGAAAACACUAUCUCUUUAUUAAAGGAAAGAUAAUUUAAUGAACUUUUAAAUGCCACUAAGAAUGUUUAUCAUGCUAUUACUACUGAUAUUGCUGAAUGUCCUAAGAAGAUUAACACACUUAAAACUGCCCUUAGUUUGAAUAUCUAAUGUGUAAAGAACCUCGCUAUCGUUGGUAAGGAUUCUUAUGAACUCUAUCAAAAAUUAACUAACUAAGAUUUGAGUCCUCUCGAAAAACUCUAAAGUAUCUAAAGCUUAUUGAAGGAUUUCUAACCUUUCUUUGAUGAAUGUGGUAUCAAGGUUCAAGUUCCUGAUAUUCCUACAAAUGCUAAGGUUGUUGCUACUGUUGAAUGUGUUUCAGAUGUUGCUAAGGCUGUAAAUGCUCUUAAAAAUAUUUAUGUUGAUGCUGUUGAAUUCAAUAUUAUCAACGCAGCUAAGGAUGUUAUGGAUAUUUUCAAUGCUGCUACAAGUGCUGUCUAAGUUUGCACAUAAAUUGAAAAAAAAGAUAACUGA